AAGUUCGUCUUUUGCAUAUCUCCAAACCGGAUGUUAUGCAAACACGUGUAAACUGAAGUCCAUGUGUCCAUUAUAUAUACGCCUUUUGCCUCUGUUUUGACGUCAAAUUUUCAUAAAAGGGAAAGGAAGAUGUGUAGCGUGCAAGAUGGCGAUGGAGACACACCUGUUCCAAGAUCAGCCGUCAGUGUUGACCGGGUCUGCAUGAAGUGUAAGGUCGCUAAACCAGUGGUUGUCACGAGGGUGAAUGAUGCUCUAUGUAGGGAUUGCUUCAUAGUAUAUGUUGUACACAAGUUCCGGGCGACUAUUGGAAAGUCUCACCUCAUCCGAGAUGGGGAGGAGAUUCUACUUGCAUUUUCUGGUGGACCAUGUUCUUCAGCCCUCCUACAUCUAGUACAGGAGGGUCUCAGUCAACGGGCACACAAGAGAUUAAGAUUCAAACCCAGUCUUGUUCAUAUUGACGAAAUGGGUGUUCUUGAUUUACCAUCUGAGCAGCGAGAGAAGACAAAUACUGCAGUACUUGAUGUUUUACGAAGCACAGGGUAUCCAUGCUACAUCAGCUCACUGGAGCAGGCUCUGGAUUUGCCGGAUGGAAGUGGGGCGCAGAAGGCUGGUCAAGGUCAUCCUCCGUGUUGGUGCCUUGACAGUGGAGAGGGUCUUGAGAACUUCAACAGCGCAAAGCAUGAUAAGAGACUGGCAGACAGCUUCAAAAACAUCAAAUCAACAACAGCCAAGGAAGAUUACAUCAAGAAACUCAGAAACCAACUAUUAACAGCCAUAGCUCAUUGCUAUAGUUACAGCAAGGUGAUGCUAGCUGACACGUCCAGCCGUCUGGCAAUCCGCAUCCUGUCUGACAUAGGUCAAGGACGGGGAGGACAAGUGUCUGCUGACACGUGUUUUGCAGAUGAACGCCAUGGUGAUAUCAUGUUUGUCAGACCGAUAAGGGAGGUGACGUCUAAGGAGGUUGCCAUGUACAACUCUCUACACCGGGUGGAACCCAUCUUUGUUCCCACACUCACCACACAGGCUCAAAGAGGGUCCAGCAUUGACCACCUGACUGAGUGUUUUGUGACUGGGCUCCAGGCUGAGUUCCCUUCCACUGUCAGUAAUAUUACAAGGACAGCAGGCAAGCUGGACAGUGUUGUGAGGACCGGAACAGAGGACUUCUGUGUUCUGUGUCAGUCCCCUCUAGAUACAAAUGUGGGUGAAGCAUCAGCUUUGCGAGCAGUGGAGUUCUCAGACAUGUUAUCAAAGAGAGGCUGUGACCCAGGAAGUAUGACCUCGGGCUGUUGUGGGGAAGGUGAUGGGAGCUGUCAGUCAUCCAAGGUCAACAGUUUGCAGAGAACUGAUGUGAUCAAAGCCCUGUGUUACGGAUGCCGGCUGACAGCAAAAGACAUGACUGAUGUGUCGCAGUUACCAAGUCAUGUGAUCCAUGAAGCUACUUCAAGGAUCAACAGGCUGAGGAUGAGAGAGGACAUCCAGGACUUCCUGCUUGAUGGUGACAGUUGAUGACAUCUGGAUGCUACAGGGACAAGCUGGACACUGUGUCUUUCACUAUGUAAUAAGCAGCUGAUCACUGUGAAUUGUCUGGAGGCAUUGGUGGAUGGUGCUUCACAGAGCCAUAUUCCUUGGCCCUCAACACCAUACCCGUGCUCAGAUGUCUGUGACCUCCUUCACUUGGAUGUGCCUCAUGCUGGAUUAAACACUAAAAUACUGUUUAAAGUGGUGUUAAACAUAACACUUGCCCCAAAUCAUCAUAUUUCUAUUAUGAUCACUUCUAUAUUUAAUCUCACAAACUUAACAGCAUUGGACAAACAGUAAAAUAUUAAUUUUACAUUCACAUGUAAUUGUAAACAUUUAAACAGGUUAAGCUGGCAUGGCCUGCCUCUAGUCAUUAUAUUCAGAAACACAACAUAUUUGAGGCAACUUGCAGGGGUACUGGGAGCCAAGUUGUCUAAGGUGCUCCAGGGGUUAUCUCCCUUAGUUGCCAGGAUCUACCAGAAUAGAUCUACAAUGUCAUGAUUGGUCUGUCAGCAUCAUGUCUGUGCUUGUGUGUGUUGUAUUUGUACACUUUACCACCUGCAUAACACUGGCAAUCCAGCCACAUUAAGCUUACAUGCUGCGAUAUACUUCGACAAAGUGACAUGAAAUGAAUUGGGUUUGACGUACUAUAAAUGUACCAGUUGUAUUCAUAAAUACAACUUUACAAUUGUUAUUGAAGAAAACUGUUAUCUUCUUAUCUUCACAAUAAAUAAACUGUCAGACCAUA